AUGGCCAGCAAAACGAAUCUGCAUCUUAGUCUGGGACUGGGACUGGGACUGGGACUGGGUCUGGUCUUUGCCUGCUCGUUGCUGUCUCUGGUGUCUGCCCAGGAGAACAAUGUGCUGUUCGAGACAAUCAACUUCCUGCGACGCGGGCAGGCCGACGUCGACCUGGAGAACUACGACAACGGACUGGUCCUGGACACCGAGUACGAUUUCAUUGUGGUGGGAGCCGGCACCGCCGGCUGCGCCCUGGCCGCCCGCCUCUCGGAGAACCCCAAGUGGAAGGUUCUGCUGCUGGAGGCCGGCGGGCCGGAGCGCCUUGUCAUGGACGUGCCCAUUGUGGCCCACUUUCUGCAGCUGGGCGAAAUGAACUGGAAGUACCGCACCCAGCCCUCGGACCAUGCCUGCCUCGCGAUGAACAACAACCGCUGCAACUGGCCGCGUGGCAAGGUGAUGGGCGGCAGCUCCGUCCUCAACUACAUGAUGUACACCCGGGGAAAUCGACGCGACUACGAUCGCUGGCAGGCGCUGGGCAAUCCCGGCUGGAGCUACAAGGACGUCCUGCCGUACUUCAAGAAGUACGAGGGCAGCAGCGUCCCCGAUGCCGAGGAGGACUAUGUCGGUCGCAACGGCCCCGUCAAGGUCAGCUACGUCAACUGGCGCUCCAAGAUCUCGGAGGCCUUUGUCGACGCCGCCCAGCAGGAUGGGCUCAAGUAUCGCGACUACAACGGACGCAUCCAGAACGGCGUCGCCUUCCUCCACACCACCACCCGCAACUCGACCCGCUGGAGCUCCAACCGGGCCUACCUCUAUCCCCUGAAGGGGAAGCGCACCAACCUCCACGUGAAGAAGAACGCCCUCGUGACCAAGGUGCUCAUCGAUCCCCAGACGAAGACGGCCUACGGCAUCAUGGUGCAGACGGAGGGACGCGUGCAGAAGGUGCUGGCCCGCCGGGAGGUGGUCGUGUCGGCGGGGGCCAUCAACACGCCGCAGCUGCUGAUGCUGUCGGGCGUGGGGCCGGCCAAGCACCUCCGGGAGGUGGGCAUCAAGCCGAUAGCCGACCUGGCGGUGGGCUACAACCUGCAGGACCAUACGGCCCCGGCGGUGACAUUCACCACGAAUGCAACGUCCCUGAAGUUCGAGGACUUUGCCGAUCCGACGCUAAUCAAUAGAUUCAAUCGGAUGGAGGGGCCCUACGGAUCGCCCGGAGGCUGUGAGGCCAUUGCCUUCUGGGACCUGGAUCAUGAGCGCGACGAGGAUGGCUGGCCGGACAUUGAGCUGUUCCUGGUGGGCGGCUCCAUGUCCUCUAAUCCGGCCAUCUCGCGCGCCUUCGGCCUGAAGAAGUCCAUAUACGAUGCGCUGUUUGCCGAGAUCGAGGACAAGUCGCUGAACGCCUUCAUGAUCUUCCCGAUGAUACUGCGGCCCAAGAGCCGCGGCCGCAUCAUGCUCAAGAGCAGCGACCCCUUCAAGUAUCCCCUCAUCCAUGCCAACUACUUUGCCCAUCCGUACGACGUGGACAUCUCGGUGCGGGGCCUCCUCAAGGCCGUCAGCCUGAUGGAGCAGCGCGGCAUGAAGGCCAUCGACGCCCAGCUGUGGGAGCGCAAGAUCCCCACCUGCAAGCAGCAUCCCUACAAGAGCUGGGCCUACUGGGCCUGCUAUGUCCGCCACUUCACCUUCACCAUCUACCACUACUCGGGCACCGCCAAGAUGGGUCCCAAAUCGGACCGGGCCGCCGUCGUCGAUGCCCGCCUCCGGGUCCAUGGCAUCCGCAAUCUGCGCGUCGCCGAUGCCAGCAUCAUGCCCGAGAUCAUGUCCGGCCACCCCAAUGGGCCUGUCUUUAUGAUUGCCGAAAAGGCGGCCGAUAUGAUCAAGCAGGAUCAUGGCUUCAUCCCGUGA